UGGUUUUUUGAAGUGUUUCGACCAUGACCAAUGCGUCUUUUAAAAGCGUUUCAACCGUGAUCGUCCCCUGUUCCAAAUGUGACCAUCUUGUCUUUUGUUUAUGUCCAAAUCUUUUUUAUGUCCCGCCCUACUCUCUGUGUGUCCUUCUCUCCUUUUAAGACACAUUGGAUAAGAUAGUCUGAAAUACCUGCCUGGAGAAUGAAAGGUCGUAUAAUCAUGGGAGGACAGCCUUUGAACAUAGGAGAUACUGGAAGAAAAGAUUUAGAAAAAGGGAGAGAUGAUGAGAAAAAUGUUAUAAAUGUAGGCCCCCAACAAAAUAUACAAGAAUAUGGUAAAACUCGAUGGCCUAGAGACAACCCAGUAUCUCAGAAAUAUCGAGAGGCUUAUGAUUUCGUACAACAGACUUUCAACUGCACCUACAUACGAGUUAUACGUGGAGAUAACUAUUGUGGAAUCCGUUCCUGUAUAGUUCAACUGCUAAUAAAUGGAAUUACAAUAAAACAGGAAUUUGCUACACCAGAAAUUGUAAAGAAUCUUUUAAACCAAUAUUUGGAGGAACCAGAAUGGGAACUAAAAAGGUGGUCUUUUGCCAGGCGUUUAAACUACACUGAUGUGAAAGAAAUGCUGUUUUCUUGUAUUGAUGAAUUUUACUCACAGCAUAACUUAGCUUUAGAGAUGGACAAGACAGAGAGAGAAGACUGGGUGGAGGACCUCUUAAACAGAGAACCAAUUGUCGAUAUAAAAAUAAUGGAAGCUGCCAAAUUACUUAUGUUGCUUGAUAUAAUUGACAUUUAUAAAAACCAACAAGCUGUUGAUUAUCCCUUCUUUGUCCAGUUUAUAUUUGCUCGUGACACAUCUCACACUCCUGCGGACUUGUUAAAAAACAUUUUGAAUGCAGUCGGAGACAAUGAUGGCUUAGAACAGAUUGAUAUGUGCCUCUUAGGACAUGCGCUCGGUGUACAAAUAACGGUGCCUCGUCUAUAUCGAUAUGGGAGAGAGGAUUUUAUACUAAAAUUUCCUGAUUUGCCGGACAAAAACUGGGACAAGGUGUAUCUCAUUACCGAAGACGAUAGACAUUACAACAUUAUAAUAAAAGAUAACUGAGAAGAGACAA